ACAAGCAGCAGCAGGAAGGAGAAUCAGGAGGUCGCCAUGGGGAGGAGACCUGCGAGGUGCUACAGACAAAUAAAAAACAAGCCGUACCCCAAGUCACGGUUCUGUCGUGGUGUCCCUGAUCCUAAGAUCAGAAUCUAUGAUGUUGGCAUGAAGAAGAAGGGUGUUGAUGAGUUCCCCUUCUGUGUUCACCUUGUCAGUUGGGAGAAGGAAAAUGUGUCGAGUGAGGCUCUUGAGGCUGCUCGUAUUGCAUGCAACAAAUACAUGGCCAAGUUUGCUGGGAAGGAUGCUUUCCACUUGAGAGUCAGGGUGCAUCCGUUCCAUGUUCUGCGCAUCAACAAGAUGCUUUCAUGUGCUGGGGCUGAUAGGCUCCAGACUGGAAUGAGGGGUGCUUUUGGAAAGCCGCUUGGAACUUGUGCUCGGGUUGCUAUUGGACAGGUCCUUCUUUCUGUUCGCUGCAAGGAUAGCAACAGUCACCAUGCACAGGAGGCCCUCCGUCGUGCCAAGUUCAAGUUUCCUGGUCGCCAAAAGAUCAUUGUUAGCAGGAAGUGGGGAUUCACCAAGUUUAACCGUAAUGACUAUGUGAAGUUCAAGUCUGAGGGCAAAAUUCAACCAGAUGGUGUUAAUGCUAAGCUUUAUGGGUGCCAUGGUGCUCUUGCUAACCGUCAACCUGGAAAAGCUUUCCUGUCUGCACCCGUUGCUUGAAGAAUAAGACUGCUUUAGUUGCGACCUCAUGCAGGACUCUUGUUGAGCAUAUGUUUUUUGGGUUUUGGCUUGGUCUCCAUUAAACUAAUGUUGAGUUUGUUUGUAUGAGUUGUGAACGCCAGUAAUAUUGAUGUUAAGACGCCUUUUGUUUUCAACUACAGAGAUUAAGACUGCAGUUUUAUUUAGUUGAAUGUUUGGUUUCUCUA